UCCGCCACAUUUAUUCUCUCACAGAAGGGAGCAUAAAAAAUGAUUAUUGGAUAUUGUUGAAGAAGAGUUUUUGUCUGAAAAAUCGCGUUCGUCCAUUUAAGUGGCUCUGCUGCUUCCUUCGUUAAGAAGCCACAUGAUCGGAUCCAAAUCUAUUUCAAACACACAAUUGUAAUCUGCUUCACAAAUAUUUUUUUUAUUAAGUUUUUUUUUUUUUUUUUUAAAGUCGCACACUUUAGAGUUCAAUACAAUCCCUCUACUCGUGUUCUUGCGGAACGUGAGAGACUCUUCAGAGUCACAAGAUUUGAGUUCGAAGGUUGAAGUGAGGUUGCGAUUGCUUUUAAGCGUGAAGAAAAAGAUCAAAUGGCUUUAGAGUACGAGUCUCUGAAUGAAAACGUGAAGAAGUGUCAGUAUGCUGUAAGAGGUGAACUCUAUCUCCGUGCUUCUGAGCUUCAGAAAGAAGGCAAAAAGAUUAUUUUCACAAACGUUGGGAACCCUCAUGCUUUAGGACAGAAGCCACUCACUUUUCCUCGCCAGGUGGUUGCGCUCUGUCAAGCACCGUUUCUACUAGAUGACCCGAACGUUGGAAUGAUAUUCCCAGCUGAUGCUAUUGCAAGAGCUAAGCAUUAUCUUUCCUUGACCUCAGGCGGUUUAGGUGCUUACAGUGACUCAAGAGGCCUUCCAGGAGUUAGGAAAGAGGUUGCAGAGUUCAUUCAAAGACGUGAUGGCUAUCCAAGUGAUCCAGAGCUCAUAUUUCUCACUGAUGGAGCUAGCAAAGGUGUGAUGCAGAUCUUGAACUGUGUUAUACGCGGUGAGAGAGACGGGAUUCUAGUUCCGGUUCCACAGUAUCCACUCUACUCAGCUACCAUAUCACUCUUAGGCGGUUCUCUUGUCCCUUACUAUCUCGAUGAGUCUGAAAACUGGGGGCUUGAUGUUAAUAACCUUAGACAGUCCGUUGCUCAGGCUCGUUCUCAAGGCAUAUCAGUAAGGGCGAUGGUGAUCAUUAACCCUGGGAACCCAACUGGUCAGUGUCUAAGCGAAGCUAACUUAAGAGAGAUAUUACGGUUCUGUCACAGCGAGAAGUUGGUUCUUCUGGGAGAUGAGGUUUAUCAGCAGAACAUAUACCAGGAUGAGCGUCCCUUUAUCAGCUCCAAGAAGGUUUUGAUGGAUAUGGGUUCGCCGUUCAGCAAGGAAGUCCAGCUUGUAUCUUUCCACACUGUUUCUAAAGGUUAUUGGGGAGAAUGUGGACAGCGAGGUGGAUACUUUGAGAUGACCAACUUCCCUCCCAGGGUUGUUGAAGAGAUAUACAAGGUUGCAUCAAUCGCCCUGAGCCCGAAUGUUUCUGCUCAGAUCUUUAUGGGUUUGAUGGUUAGUCCUCCAAAGCCUGGAGACAUUUCAUAUGACCAGUUCGCCCGUGAGAGCAAGGGGAUUCUUGAAUCUUUGAGAAGAAGAGCAAAGAUCAUGACUGAUGGAUUCAACAGCUGCAAAAACGUCGUCUGCAAUUUCACAGAAGGUGCAAUGUAUUCGUUUCCUCAAAUAAAGUUACCACCUGGAGCUCUUCAAGCUGCUAAACAAGCAGGAAAAGUGCCAGAUGUUUUCUACUGUCUAAAGCUCUUAGAAGCCACAGGAAUCUCCACAGUGCCUGGCUCUGGAUUUGGACAGAAAGAAGGUGUGUUCCAUCUGAGGACAACAAUCUUGCCUGCGGAAGAAGAGAUGCCAGAGAUCAUGGACAGUUUCAAGAAGUUCAACGACGAGUUCAUGACUCAGUAUGAGAAUAGCUUUGGUUAUUCCAGAAUGUGAUUACUUCUUUCUUCUUGUUAUAUAAUGAGGGAACAACUAUUGUGUUUCUGCUACACUCUUUAAAAAGCUAAAAUCUCUGUAGUACACUCUCUUCUCUAUCUAAUAUAAACUCUCUUUCUGCCUCUACUAAAAAAAAAUUGCAAAUUGAUAUAAAAGAGUGAAAUAAAUUGAUAUAAAAUUGCAAA